UACACUCCAAACACAAAAUAGCAAUGACAAGAAAAUCAAUGAAAGCUGUCAAUGCCGUCGAAGCGGCUGUCUCGGUUUGAUUAGUGGGUUACCGCUGAUUGUAUCGCCACAUUAUGCUCAUUUGGACACCGAGAGCUGUCGGCUUUCACACACACAGGCGGAGCGUUCAGCCGUCAAGUCGCUGGUAAUGUAUUUAUCCACCGCAUAUGUGUGAUUUUCACUCACUAACGGACGUGUCGUGAUGAACGCGGAGGCCCUUCGGCGUUACUGAGAAUGCCAACCGCAUGACAGCGUGUUAUUGUGUAGCUUCGUUGAAAAAGCAAAUUGCUGGCCUGAAAGUGCAGCAAUGGCUUCGGCGCUGAGUUGCUUCAGCGGUCCUGAGGUGCUGGAGGACGGGAAUCACGCCCGGGGUUUGAUGAACGAGCUGAAGCUGCUGUACGAGUGCCGGCUUCUGGGCGACGUUACUAUCGGAGUGGAGUGUGAAGAGGAGUCCCUGGAGCCCAACGGGACCGGAGGAGGAGGAGGAGGAAGAGGAGGCGGUGACAUUGACCAACUUUUCCUGUGCAGCCGCAACGUCCUCGCCGCCGCCAGUCCGUACUUCAAAAGCAUGUUCACCGGAGGCUUGAACGAGAGCGUGCAGGAGAGAGUGGUCAUCCGCGGCGUGGACUCCGAGUCCAUGUCGGUCAUCAUCGAUUACUGCUACACGGGCAGGGUGACCAUCACGGAGAGCAACGUCCAGAGGCUGUACGCUGCGGCCAACAUGCUUCAGCUGGAGUACAUCAGGAAAGCUUGCUCCAGUUUCAUGACGAGGAGGCUGGAUCUGUCCAACUGUGUGGGGAUACUGAAAUUUGCAGACACUUAUGACAACCCUGAACUGAAGGAGAAUGCACAAGCUUUCAUAGCCAGGAACUUUAGCCAAGUGUGCAUCGGAGGGGAGCUUUGUGAACUGGACUUGCUGCAGUUGAAGGAGCUGCUAUCUUUGGAUACUCUUGAUGUGGACUGUGAGAAGAAGGUGUGUUCCGCUGCCUUACAGUGGAUAGAGGCGAAUGCACCGCAGAAAAAAGAGGAUGCAUUGCAAGCACUGAAGUGUGUGCGCUGGAAUUUGUUCACUGAAAAGGACAAGUGUUACCUGGAGAGCCUCAUGGCCAGGCCUUUAACUGAGAAAUACCUGGCGUCGUUUUUUAACAGGUCUGCAGAGGACAGCUGUGGAAUGUGUCCAACUCUGGAUGUACCGAAACACAGAAUAGGCGUAAGUGCAAAAGAAAUGAUUCUCUUCUUUGGGCUACCCAACGACAAUAUAAUGUGCUGCGACCCUUACUCAGAGGAUCUGUAUUUCAUGGCGCCUCCUUUGGAAGACCUCAGCAGUCAGGAUUACAAACGCUCCACCAUGGAGUCAUUAAUCGCCUGUGCCACACCUGAAAACAACCUGUAUCUCGCAUCCCACCUCUCUAAACACUUCUGGCUGUAUAACCCUGUGCUCAACAGCUGGCAGGAGUUGGCAGAGAGGCCACUGGGGAGGAUACACUCUGGGAUGGGCUACCUCAACGGGCAUGUUUACCUUCUGGGAGGAAGAAAUCCAGUGACGGAUGCCAGGCUGAAGGAGGUUGAGUGUUACAGCGUGCAGAGGAACCAGUGGACGUUUGUGGCUCCUCUGCCUCACUCUUUGGGUAAAAUGCAGGUGGUGGCGCUAAAUGACCACUUGUAUGUGGUGAACAAAAGGAGAAUGCUUUGCUAUGAUCCCAAGAGGAACCGCUGGCGCCACUGUGGGUCACUCAGAAGGGACAAGCUUCACAAGGCCUGUGUGUUUCAGGACCAGAUCAUCUGCGUGUGCGACAUCCCCGUGGUGAAAGCCUACAGCCCCACCAGGGGGGAGUGGAAGAGGUUGGGUGACAUACCUAUAGACAGCCGAGCUCUGAACUACCAGGUGAUCCAACACAACAACAAGUUGCUCCUCCUCACUCAGACUUUACUGCAGCACAACAAGAACAGAGUCCUCAUCCACGAGUAUGACCCAGCUAGAGACACAUGGAAGAAUGUCAUGGCGGUGUAUGUGUCCACUCUGGGACCCGUGUGUGUUUCAACACGCGUGUACCCGGCGUGCCUCGGCUCCGCUCACAGCUUCUCCACAGAGGAAGACGAUGACAGUGGCUCCAGUGCCGACUGGGACUUUGAUGGCUUGACCGAUGCAGACUCAGACUCUGGCAGCUCUAGCUCUUUCUCAGAUGAGAACUGGUAGUGAAAGGUGUUACUGUGUCAAAGAAAAGUUUAACUUAUUUAUAAUGAAUGGAUUUUUACAGGGUGGUUUUGUCUGCCGGGGGGAGGGGGUAUGACAGUAUUAAUUCAGUAUUAAAGCAGUCAGAUACAUUAGAAGCACAAACUGAUCAUAAGUGGACAUCUUUACAUGUUUUAUUUUGUGUUUCUUCGCAAGUUUGGAUAAUGAUUGUUUGCCAGAGAAGAAGUGAAACAAAAUUGAGUUGGUUGCAGUGAUUUUUUUUUUUUUUAAUUUUAUUGCAUUAUGUACAAAUGCUAAGGCUUUGUUCUUCAAGGACAUGCUCAAGUUAGCAUGAACCCAUGUUUACACACUAACUCAAGAGUAAGUAAUGGGUUCCCCUAUAGAGUGGAGGAUCUGUCUUUGUAAUGUAGCCCAUCGUUAAGGCAGCUGAAUGAAGGAUGCUACGGAGAUGUAGUAUUAAACUUCAGUACAAUUAGAAGAACUCACAAUGACCCGAUUAAAGAGGCCACACUAUGCUGUUUGGGGGUUCUCUUUCUUUUAAUGUGUUUUGUAAAAGGUCUGCAGACUUUUAAAUCCCAAAGUCCACACCUGAAAAGCUUCUUACCUGUCUGAAGCACCUCACUUGUAGUCCAGGUAUUUUUUUUUGUUACUUAUCACAUUAUAACACAUUAAUGCCUGUCUGUUGGCUAGUUUAGUGCUCCCUUGAAGAAAGAAUGAGUGACUUCCUCGCAGUCCACUUUUAUUUCCUCACCAGGGCUGACUUCUGCUCGGGCUACACGCACACAUAUUUCUGGUGUUGCCUGGCUUUGGUCAGGCCAGCUGACCAAUCAGAGCAGCAGACUGGACUAUUUGGGAAGUGAGCCUUAAAGAGACAGGACUGAAAACUGAGUGUUUCAGAUAAAAGUUAGGAAGCGGUGUGGCAGCAAUGUAUGGUAUGAGAAAAAUGAUGGGUUUUUUGAACACUAAAAUAUGUAAACAUAUUCUAGUAGACCAAAAAAACAAACUACAAAACCUGUAAAUGUGCAUAAUAUGGGCUCUUUAACAAAGCAUGGAUAAAAUUUUGUCUGUUAUGUCCUGAUUAAUGCAGUGAUUUCCAAACUGAAUCUCUGCAGAGGUUGGUACUAGAUUUGGUUUUUGAAACGACUACCCACUGACCUAACCUCCCCUAACAACCACUUACGGCAGAGCAAUCCUCCCAACACAUCCCUUCAGCUUAUGCAGCUAGCACCGGCAGAAUGGCUGCAUAAAACCUGAGAAGAAAGUGUUUUCAUGUAACCUUGUCAUUGCAGUGACAACUUGUGAAACACACGUUACUAAUAAGACAAUUAACUGCUGCAUUGCUUUAAUAACUGCUGAAACUGAGCCAUCCUUAAAUUUUAUUACUCCCGUGUGUGCUUUUCCUGCUUUCACAAAUCUGAUGUUAAAAAAAAAAAAGUACGUCUGUGAAUUUGACGCAGCGCUAUCAAGAAACACGAGUCAAAUCCAAAAUACUAAAAUGCUUGUAAUGCUUUUUGGUUCGCUAUAGAACUAGCAGGAGAACUUUAUAUCUUGUGUGUGACACCUGAAGUUGGCAUGGCAGAAACAAUUUGAGAACCAAUGCCAUAAUGCUUUGGUGACGUCAAUUUAUUUUGACUUGACGCAGCUCCACCAGAGCUACAGAAGACUAUACGUAAAGCAAUUUGCACAUGCCGAAUAGUACUCCCCCUGACUCAAAAAUCGACAUGUGGAGGGCCCUUUAAUGCUUUAACUGUGCUGUGUUUUAUAUAUAUAUAUAUAUAAGUUUGUGACUGAAAUAUUUGCUGUUAGCACGUUGUUUAUCUUGAAUAAGCGAGCACGCUCGCUUAAGAUUGGCGGAAAAUAAUGACUUGGAUGUUCAGGACAUCAGGCAGCUCAAGUGCCUCAUGUUUAUGACUUCAAACACAACUCGUCAUAAACGAGGCUUUAAAAAAUUUAUGAUCCUUUUUAUGUUGUUGAUGCACAUCGAGACGUCUCACACACAGCCGGUUUGUGAAACCUACUGUAUGAAAUCUAGAAGCCAAUGUACUGUACGCUCACUCAGGUUUAGGCUUCAGCAAAAGCCUGUUUGCCAUGAUAAAUGAUUUCUUUUUGGAUGUAGUGAAAUUAGGUUGUUUUGGUGACAAAUAAUAGAUUUAUUAAAUUUAUUUGAAAUUAUUGAGUGUAUGUAUGUGUUUUCUUAUCUAUGAUAUUAUGUUCCAACAAGAAAUUCAGUGUUUUGUUUGGUCCUGAUGAAUUUUUUUACUUGAGGAUGAUUUGUCUGCAUGUCACGAAAACUGUUGAGAAGCCAUUGUCCUCACCAAGCACCUCCUGCACUCAUUUAUCAGUUUAUUUGCUGUGUCGAAACACACACACAAGCUGAUACAAAUGUUGUCGACAGAAUAUUAGACACACCUCUCAGUAUAGUGCAAAACCACAAACAGUUCCCAAUAUGACCAUAAAGUGGAAACAACCCCUCUGACAACACUGAACCUCCGUCAUAGGUGGUAAAAACCGUAUUAAUUUCAUUUGGACGUGCCUAUUAAACUGGUAAAUGAGUGGAUGUUGUCUCUCUGUAUGAUGGAUAGAUGAAGUCUUGUGUUUGUGUGAGAGAAGUAAAGUGAGGGGGUUAUUGGUUUGGGUAUAUAAAGCUGUCUGUGGUGUAUGUGUCAAAAUAAACAUCCGUGUCUGAUGCAGAAGUGCCAUUGUGUGUAUUGUUGGGGUUUUUUUCACAAAAGUAUGUUGCAUUACCCUACAUGUUCCUGCAGUUGUAUUGUGUAGUGUAGCUGGCUUGUGUUCGCCCCAGUAUGGAACAUUUGAUCGAUGUAAAUGUAUGCUAAUUUUGAGUGUGCAGGUACGAGGCGGCGAUUACUGGAUCAACUGCAGGCAAGAAAUAAGGAAACCAAUCCUGGUCAGGAGUUCACACAUACCAAUUUGCAUUUCGCAACAGUAAAAGAUUAAGCAGGGAUUUUGUCAACAAACUACAUCUGUCUAAUGAAGGGUGUGAAUGAUUUCACUUACCAAAUUGAAAAACCUAUUAAGUUACUAAGCAGUCAGUACCUUUUUUUUGUUGCAGAUAUUGUAUUUUGGUUGGGUUAGGUCUUUGUUAUUUUCUUUAUGUAGAUUUGUUUGAUGGCCUUUGUUUUCCCUGAAGGCAAAUCCAACUCCAUGGACCUGUAAAUAUAUUGAAUAAAUAUAUUUCUUAUCAACUCUGAA